AUGAAGUGUGACAACGAAAGAAAACAAAUAUCAAACGACGGUGAUGCGGUGACGUACAGCAGGUCCACCUCGAUAUCUCGUGACGAGAGCCAGAGCUCUCAGGACUCGAGUAGACAGACUAGUUACUAUACACAGGCUACCAGUGACACAGGGGAAGGUCAACAAGUUUUCUUAAACGAUGGGCGCUUCACAAAUAUCCCCGUCCAGCCGGUAGCACCGAUAGUUCGGCCAAUACCUAUCAGACAUUCCAGCCUAACCCACAUACCCAAUUACCACGUAAACCACGACGGAAAUCUAAGAACCCCAAACGAAUUCUACCAAGAAAACCAUGGACGUUAUGGAAUUCCCAAUGAUGGGAAUGGAAACUUUGGUCCCAUCUCUGGGUGGUACGGCAAUGGGUAUGUUAAUCAUAGUCCUAACGGUUGGUUUAAACGGUACAUACCCCAAGCUGGAGUCCAUUCUCAUCGCUACUUUGGCUAUCAACCCACGACUGGGUACCAGGGUGUUAGCAACGAGCAUUUUAAUAGAUUCCAUAACUUAGAAACUGGAAACCCUAAAUUAGAUGCUAGAAAUCACGGAGAUGGUAAGGUACUGAAAUAUGUCCCCACCAACGGACAUUACGAAGGCGGUUUAGCUCACAUAAGACCAGGUUUUGAUGAAUUCCUUAACGCUUUAGGUUAUAACCCUAAAAAAGAGAAGCCUAUCAACGAAAACAACGCCCCAGAUAAAGCGAACAACGAUGCAGUAUCUGAAAAAAAUGAUAAUGACAAUGACGGUGCAAAAGUAAACUUUGUGAAUGGUAACGAUGAGUCAAAUACUGGAAAACCUGAAACCAUUACUGGAAAUAUUCCUGAACUUGGAACUCCAGAACUUGCACCAGGACACCUUGAUCAGGUUCUCAGUGCUAUUGAUUACGCAAGAGGUCCUAAAAAGGCAGUAAAUUAUGUAACUGGGGCAUUUGCACCGGAAACCGAAGCUAUAGAAUAUGUGCCGGCGGUAGUGCCGACUGAGUAUGUCAAUAGAAAUUACGAUGCAUUUGGAUUAGAAGUUCCCGAAUCUGAAAUUAUAAUUCCUGGAGAAUCGGAAAAGUAUAUAUCAAACGUGUACGGAAUUUCUCCCGUACAGUACAUUCCUGUAGCUCAAAAUAUACCUGAAUAUGCGAUUCAAAAACAAAGAGUACGUUAUUACGAAGAACCUGUUCCGUAUGUUGGUGCCCCAGUUGUAAUGAAUGAAGAAACACAUUUUAGUAAUGACAAAUUUGUAUCAGACACUGCAGGAUACAAAAAAUUUAAAUCUUAUAAUGGACGAUUCCAUCCAGAACCUUCCUUUAAGCCAGAAGUUUCAUACAGUCCAACUAAUAUAGACGGUAAUAAUCCCGGCGAUGAGAAACCUGCUAUUAGUGAAGAUACUGUUGUUGUAAAAGAUGAUAAAUCCUUUAACGAUGAUGUGGUUUCAUCUGACAUUAUCAUUGACAGAGCAUUCAUUACAAAGGCAAGCACUAAAAACUCUCAAGAAACAAAUAAAAGAACUAAACAAAGCUCUGUUACUAUAAUUAACGAAACUGGGAAGAAUAAUGCUGAUGUUAAACCUUUAGAUGAUGAUGAAAAUAAUUCUGAUAGUAAUGAUAGUUCUGUUAAAAAAUCUGUUCCUGUACAAAGACCGAUUAAUGGAAAUAAUGAUGAUAAAAAGGUACCUAAAACACCUACGCCUGGAGAUAAUGGGGUUAAAAUUAGGAAACCACCAGUAGCAAGUCAGGUACCAAUUCCACAAAAUGUUCGUAAUCCUAAAAAUGGCAUCCACAAGAAAAUAGAUUCAGCUCCGAUUGUGAUUGACAAAUUUCCAAAAGCACCUGAAAAGGCAACUGUUGAAAGAUCAGAAAAAGACGUUAUAAAUCAAAAUAGUGAUUUGCCACAUGUUGUUCAGACGAAACCCGUAAAUGAUGACGCAAAUCCCAAACCCACUGAUACAGAUAAACCAGUUGAUUCUGAAAACCCUAAAACUGUUAAGAAUAUUAACACGGAUGUCAAAAACCUUUCUGAAAUAAGGAAAACUCAUGUAAUCAGAACUCCUUCUGGAGUCAUUUUCCAUGCGCAUGAAAUACCCAUAGAUGAAGGCGCAGUUUUAACUACUGACACGGAAGAUAUAUAUGACGGUAACAAGGAUAAAAUAGUUAACAGAAAACCAGAUACAAGAAAAUUCAUUUAUGCACCGAAAAGAAAUAAAAAUUUAGAUCAAAAUGAACAAGGUGUUAACCCUGCCCAAGAAGUUAGUGACACAACAACAGCUAAAGAUGAGAAAGUAAACCCUACUACCCAAAAACCAAUUCCUCAAAUUGGAAAACCUAUUCCAAGGAUCCUUAAAGUGCCUGGUGGAUACAUCGAUAAGACCAGACAGCCGAAGAAAAUUGAUGAUUCCAAAGUUACAGAAGACAUUAACCAAAGACCUAUUGCUAAAAACACAACCACCACAACCACUCCUACGACUACCGUUAAAAACGACGAUAAACCUAGUAAAACUGUUAAAAAUCCAACACCCAACAACGACAGUGUAGACAGUGAUGAAGACGAUGAAUAUUACAAAAUAACAAAAUCAUUAAGGACAACUAAUAUUGAAAAAGAAGAAAGCAGUAGUAGUCAAAAUCAGAGAACCACAACUAGAAUCGAAAGAAUUUUAAGACAUAAGAACCGCAAACCUGGUGAUGAAGAUAAUUUGAAUGACGCUGAAGAUAUUCUGGAAGACAAUGAUGAUGGAAAUAGCCGACCAGUCAAUAACCACAAAAAUAUAAAGAAGCCACGAAAUAAAGUAACAUUCACAGUUGUUGGAGAAAGCAAUGACAGAUCAGAAGAAAAUAACGAUGAUGAUGACUACUUAGAAAACAAUAAAAACACUCCAUCAACAGUAACACCGAACAAUAAACAACCAAUUAAAUCUGAAAACAAUAAAAAUAAUCAAAAACCAAAUAUUCAAGAUAAAAACACUGAUAGCCAUACUCUUACUAGCACUACGAAGAGACCAGACGAGAAAAUGAAAGAUGAAAACCUUAAACUCGAAUCUAAGCAAAUAAAUGAUGAUAGUAAACUUACCAUUGUGAAAAGAAAGCCUGCUAAAGAUAUAAAGUCAACAAAAGAUUUAGAUGACGACGAGGAAUCUGUAUUUAGAACUACAUUUAUAGAAAAUUCGGAAGAUUCAGUAUUUAAUAGCAAACAACAUAAGUCUACAACUGAAGAAAUUAUCAAAAGGGGUCUGAAAAAAUCUGCCAAAACACCAACCAACAAAAAUAAACAAGACUCCACCAACACAGAUGACGAAACACCAGAUAGUAAAACCGAUAAGAAACCAAGUACUGAAAAACCGGCUAGUGGAGUGAAGCCAAACAAUAAUAUUGACAAAAAGCCAGUUAUAAAAACUCCCGUCGGUGAUAAAAAGCCAGAUGCCAAAAAUCCAUCAGACGAAAAACCACUGAAUAAGUCGAAUAAUGGUAAAACUGGGAAACCUGUUACCACAACGGAAAACUCUGUAGUUGACGAUGAAAAGCCUAAAAAUGGACAAUCAACUGAAAAGACACCCGACUCUAAAUCAGGAACGACAGAAAAGUCGCAAACUGAUGUUAAUAAAGACAAAAAUGCUGUUGCUACUACCAAUCCUGGCUCUGGCGAGACAUCAAACACUGAGAAGAACCGGCAUGAUUCAUCAACGAAAAAACCAGAACCUGUUGAUACUAACAAUGAAACACCAGAUACAAAAACCAAUGAAAAUAAAAAAGAAGGAAAAUCUGAUGUACCAAACAAAAAAGAAGAAAAUCCAACUGGAAAAUUGCCGGUCCAACCAGGUGCAAAGGAUAGCCCACAAAAAAGUCACCCAAUAGAUGAUGAAGAAAGUUUUGAAGAAUAUAAUAGUAUGGAAGAUUGGGAUGACGAAGAAAACAACAAAUUGAAUAAAAAGGAAAAAACUCAGGAAAAAAUAAAUGAUGAAACAAAUAAACCAGAUACUAAACACACUGAAGAUGUUAUAACGCCAAAUUCUAAAAAUGUUACUCCUAAACCAGACAGUAGUAAUACAACAGAAAAACCCGUAGAAAAGAAAGAUGGCCUAAACAAGAAAACCCCUUCCACAGAAUCUAGUAAAAUACCAAAUACUACAGAAGGGCCUAAAGAUAGACAAUCAAACAAACCGAAAGACCAAAAACCAGACACUAGCAACGAUGAAAAUCCAAAGGUAGAUAAUAAUAAAGACAAUAAGCCAAAAACCACUACUGAAAAGACAACACACGGUUCAACUGCAAUCGGAAGUGCACCUGCCACAGUAACAACAGAAAAAAAUAAAAAAACUGAAAAUCCUAAGCGUUUCGGAGAUUGCGAUUAUUUCGGAAAUGUUGAUUGUGAAGACUACGAUGAUGACAAUGAUGAAACCGUAACAGACACUACUGAGAAUCCUAAAAAAGAUAGGAUCGUUGAUGAUGCAAUAAUUGACGAUGACGAUGAUGACUCAUCUGAAAGUGAUGCUGAGGAUUCUGAAGAAACUGAAAGUGAUGAAUAUGUUAGUUCAGAAGAUAUAGACCAAGGUGACAGCAAAAAGCCUAAUAUAGAAGAAAAAAAUAGUAGUGAAAACACAGGUAAAAAUAAACAUGAUGGAGCACCUGGUGCAACAACGAUUAAGCCAGAUGUUGUAAACACUGAUAAAAACAAGAAACCUGAUAAGAAUCCUUCUGAAAAUAAAGGGAAACCGAUUAGUAACAAAAAAUCAAUAAACAACAUCGAGGAAUCCAGGGAUAGUGACACAUCAAAUGAUAACAAAAAACCAAUUGAAAAUACCGAACAACCAAAAGGAAAUAGUGAUAAACCAGCUGACAAUGAUACGAAACCAACUGUCAGUACUAAGAAACCAACUGAAGACAAAAAACCAAUUGAUGAUAGUAAAAAGCCAGAUGUGAAUAAUGGCAAACCGAAUAAGAACGGUAAGAAGUCAUCAGACGACAAUGAAUCACCUAAAAACAAUGGAAAACCAAAUUAUGGCGAUAAGAAAUCAAAUGAGAAUGGUAGCAAACCCACUGACAGUUCUGAGUCCGUCGGAGACAAGAAACCAUUUGAUAUUAGCAAGAAGCCAGAUAAAAACAAUAAGGAACCCACUGAAAUUAAUGAUAAACCGAAUGAAAAUGGUAAGAAACCAAACGGCAACAAUACCAAACCUACCAACACUUCUGAGAAACCAUCUGGAAAUAAGAAGGCUGUUAAAGAUAAUAAUAAACCAUUUGGAAGCAAUGACAAACCAAAUGAUGACAGUAAAAAAUCCAACGAGAAUAAUAGUCAACUAACAGAUAGUACCGAGAAACCAGUAGGAGACAGUAAACAAUUUGAUAACAGCAAGCAGCCAGAUAAAAAUAAUAAGAAACCAACUGAAAGCAAUGAUAAACCGAAUGAGAAUGCUAAGAAACCAACCGGCAACAAUACCAAACCUACCAACAAUUCUGAGAAACCAUCAGGAAAUAAGAAUCCUGGUGAAGAUGAUAAUAAACCAUUUGAUCAUAGCAAGAAACCAGAUAAAAAUAAUAAGAAACCAUCUGAAAAUAAUGAUAAACCGAAUGAAAAUGGUAAGACACCAAACGGCAACAAUACCAAACCUACCAACACUUCUGAGAAACCAUCAGGAAAUAAGAAGCCUGCUGAAUAUGAUAAUAAACCAUUUGAUCAUAGCAAGAAACCAGAUGAAAAUAAUAAGAAUCCAACUGAAAAUAAUGAUAAAUCGAAUGAAAAUGGUAAGAAACCAACUGAAAAACCAUCUGAAAAUAAGAAGCCUGCUGCAGAUAAUAAUAAACCAAUUAAAAACAAUGACAAAUCAAAUGAUGGUGACAAAAUACCCAAUGAGAACAGUAGCAAACCAACAGAUGGUACUGAGAAAGCAAUAGGACACAAGAAACCAUUUGAAGAUAACAAGAAGCCAGACGAAAAUAAUCAGAAAUCAUCGGGAAAUAAUGAUAAACCGAAUAAAAAUGCAAAAAAAUUAGCUGGUAACAACACCAAACCAACCAACAAUUCAGAGAAACCAUCUGAAAAUAAGAAGCCUGCUGAAGAUAAUAAUAAGCCAUUUGGAAACAAUGACAAACCAAAUGAUGGCGGCAAAAAACCCAACGAGAAUAAUAGUAAACCCACAGACAUUACCGAGAAACCAAUAGGAGACAAGAAACCAUUUGAUAAUGGCACGAACCUAGACGAAGAUAAUCAGAAAUCAUCCGAAAAUAAUGAUAAACCAACUAGUCACAAUACCAAAACAACCGACAAUUCUGAAAAAACCACUGGAAAUAAGAAGACCACUAAAGAUGAUAAUACACUAUCUGAAGAAAGGGACAAACCAAAAGAUAGCGAUAAAAAACCUGAGAAUAGUAGCGAACCAACUGACAGUACUGAGAAACCAACAGGAAACAAGAAACUAAAUGAAAAGAAGCUAGAGGAAGAUAACCAAAAACCAUCACAAAGUAGUGAUGAAACAACUGACAGCCCCAGAAAACCAACUACAGAAAUACCAGAUGUUGAAAGCGAGGAGGGCGAAAUAACAUUAGAUGACACAAGUUCUGAAGAAAUCGAAGAUGAAUCAUUUGAAGACGAUGAAACUGAAACUGACUCUGAAAAUGUAGAUACAACAACACAAAAGAAAUCAGACGAUAACGUUGGAACUGACAAACCGAAAUCUAAACUCUAUGAUUGUGACUAUUUCGGUGAUGUAGACUGUGAAGAUUAUAAUGAUGAUGAUACUGAACAAGUAACUGAUAGAAAUACUGAUAAACAAGAUGAUACAACAAAACCAGCUAAAACUGACAAGAAACAAGAACCUAAUGAAACUGAUGAAAAUGCCAACAAACCUGUCACUAAACAACAAGGGCCGGAAAAUUCUGGUAGCAAUAAAAAGCCUGAUGUUAAAAGUGAUGUUGAUACGCAUAAAAAAACAAGCACUAAUUCCAACAGCAAAACAGACAUUACUACGCAAAAACCAGAAUCCAAAUUCGGUGAUUGUGAUUACUUUGGUUCCGUAGAUUGUGAGGACUAUACGGAUGACGAUACUGAUAAUCUUGACCAGCCAAACGUAGACGAUGAUGACAUAAAGCCAGAAGAUAGCGAAGGAAGUGAUAAACUGAAGUCUGAUAAAAGUAAUGAGAAAACCACAGAAGUUAAGAAGACAGAUAAUAAAACUACUGACAAGAAGUCUGUUACAACUGACAGUGAGAAAGGUGACGAAUACAAGCCAGGAGCAAAUCCUGUUAAUAAAGAUGUGAAAGGUACUAAGAAUCCAGAAACAAAAUCGAACGCUGACACAAAUUCAAAGCCUAAGAGCAACGACAACGAUAUUAACGAUGCCACUAAAAACCCCGGUAAAGAUACUGAUAAGAAAACUGAUAGAGAAACCACUGAUCAUAAGCUAGAUAACAUGGACAGUAAAGACGCCAAAGACUCUAAAAACGAUGAAAAGCCAGAAAAUAAAGAUACCAAACCAGUGACAGACAAUUCAGAAAAAGAUGGAAAUAGUGAUAGUAUCAAGGACAACAAACCUAAACCAACUGAAAAUCCAGUUUCUGGAACACCAAACAGUAAAAACACUGGUAAAACACCAAAUGAUCAACCUAAAAAAGAUGAUAAAAAGCCGGCCUCUGUUAAUACCCCAUCUGGCGAAAAACCUAUGGAAGAAAAUACUGGCAAAAAACCUGAUGAAAAACCAGAACACAAUAAAACUGACAACAACAAACCCAGUACUAAGAAUAAGACGCCAGAUUCUAAAACCAUUGACAAGAAACGAGACAGUAAAAAUCCUAGUAAAGGUGACGAUUUGAAAAAGAAUCCAGCUGAUAAACCUAAUAACGAUGAUCAAAUGCCAGACUCUAAAGGCUCUGACAAACCUAAUAGUAAACCUACUAAUAAAAACCCAGAAUCGAAAAAUACUGACCAAGACGCUGACAGCAAAAAACCAAACGCUAACGAUGACAAACCAGUAAGCAAACCUACUAAUAAAAACCCAGAAUCGACAAAUACUGACCAAGACGCUGACAGCAAAAAACCAAACGCUAACGAUGACAAACCAGUAAGUAAACCUACUAAUAAAAACCCAGAAUCGAAAAAUACUGAUCAAGACGCUGGCAGCAAAAAACCAAACGCUAACAAUGACAAACCAGUAAGUAAACCAACUGACACUGAUAAGAAUAAAAAACCAAAAGUCAUUAAGACAAUAGACGAUGAAAAAUCUGGUGCAAAAUCCACCAUUGAUGACAAAGACGAUACUUACAAAAUAAUAAGAGAAAAAGACAUAGAAAUAGGUACUGAAGUACAAAGCCAACACACUGAUCUAACAAUUCAACGCAAAGUAGUUAACAGCCUAGAUGAAGUUUUGAAAUACAAGAACCACGAAGGAUUUAUGUUUAAAGCUUGUGACGAAACUGAAGAAAGCAAUGAAUCUUCGACAGCCAAUCAAAAUAAACAAGUUAAAGUAACUAAAUUCAUAAGAACAAAGAAACAUUUCAAUAGAAAACAUAAAGGAGAUGAUGAAGAGGUAACCGAAAAACAAGCAACAGACAAAAGGCAGUACAGAAGUAAGUUGGCCAAAAUCAUUAUAAGAAUACUUACUAGAUCUAAAAAGGAUAAAACCUCACUCAACAAUGAAAACAACUUGACAGGGAAGAGAUUAUCAUUGGAACCCAGAAAAGACAGCGAUCAAGAAAAUGUUGCUGAUAGAAACCAACAAAUAUGGCUAACAGAAGGAAACAGAAUAUUAUAUAGAAAACGCGUCGAAAAUAUACAAGAAAAAGAAUUAGGUUGUUUCGAAGAACUGCUCCGUUCUAGUGGAACUUCUGAUGAAGAAAUAUCAGAUACGGACUAUUCUAAUGAAACAGAAGAAGAAAAUGAUGAUAAACCAGAUUCCAUAGACCGAGCUCCACUAGAAGACAUCCCUGAUGAUGAUGAUUCAGAUGGAAUCGUACCAUUGGAAGAAGAUUUGACAAAUGAUGAAGAAUCUGCUAAAGAUAAUAAAGAAAGCCAUAGUGGUGAAGCUAAUUCGGAGGAAGAUCAAUAA